ACUACUAAUUACUCUGCCUAACCCUCCAUGUGCAACGCCAAAAUCAAACUUGUAUAAAUAUAUAUGGCUCCCCCCCUGCAAUCUCAUCAUCAUCAAAUAUAUCUCAACAAAAACAUGCCUUCCUCCGUCAAAACCACCUCCCGCCUUUCCCUUGCCAUGGAGAGAACCGGCAAAUGGGUUUUUUCUCAAGAUAUUCCAACUGAUGUCAUUGUUGUGGUCGGAGAAGCCGCCUUUUCUCUUCACAAGUUCAUGCUGGCGGCAAAGAGUGAAUACAUAAGAAGGUUGAUCCUAGAGAGCAAAGAAGCAGAUCUAACCAGGAUAGAUCUGUCCGCCUUACCGGGAGGCUCCGAUGCCUUCGAGAAGGCGGCCAAGUUCUGCUACGCCGUCAACUUCGAGAUCACGGUGCACAACGUCGCCGCUCUCCGUUGCGCCGCCGAGUAUCUUCACAUGUCCGACGACUUCUGCGACAACAACCUCGUCGGCCGCUCCGAUGAUUUCCUCGCCCGCGUCGCCUUGUCUAGCCUCUCCGGCGCCCUCGCCGUCCUUAGAUCUUGCCAGGAUCUCCUCCCUCUCGCCCAAGAUCUCGGAAUCGUUCACCGAUGCGUCGAAUCCAUCAGUGCAAAGGCAUGUCUAGAAGCUAAUUUUCCGAGUAAAUCGCCUCCGAACUGGUGGACGGAGGAGCUAAGCAUCUUAGACGGUGCAUUCUUCUCAAAAGUCAUUGAUGCAAUGAAAGCACGGGGCGCCAAACCGCUAACGGUGGCAAGGGCCAUCGUGACAUACGCAGAGAGGUCGUUGAACGACCUCUCUGCAGACAGCAAAAAGUCAGAAUUGGAUGAUUCUUGCGUCAGAACCCGACAGAGGGAGCUUCUCGAGGUGAUCGUAUCGCUCUUUCCCUCCGAAAAGACGGCAUUUCCGGUCAACUUCCUAUGUUGUCUCCUGAGAACUGCUAUCGUUCUCGGAGCUGGCAUCGCGUCUAAGAACGAGCUGGAGAAGAGGAUAUCGGCGAUUCUGGAACACGCCACGGUUGACGAUCUUCUAAUCUUGUCGUUUACCUCUGACGGGGAGAGGCUUCUAGAUUUGGAGAGUGUGAGGAGGGUUGUUUCUGGGUUUGUGGAGAAGGAGAAUGGCGUGCUGGGGUUCAACGGUGGGGGUGGCGACUUCCGGUCGCCUGGAGUCUGCUCCACGGCGGUGCAGAGGAUUGCCAGGACGGUUGACGCUUACCUUUCGGAGAUUGCCAGCCACGCCGAGCUUAGCAUUUCUAAGUUCAAUGGAAUUUCAAAUUUAGUGCCAAAGGGUGCUAGGAAGGUGGAUGAUGAUCUCUAUAGAGCAAUUGAUGUCUACUUAAAGGCACAUCCAGAGCUAGAUGAGAUUGAAAGGGAAAAGGCGUGCAGUGUGAUGGAUCCACUGAAGCUAUCGUACGAGGCGAGAGUGCACGCUUCUCAGAACAAGCGACUCCCGGUCCAAAUAGUCCUCCACGCCGUGUACUAUGACCAGCUGAGGAUCAGAAGUGGGGGCACGGAGGACUCAUCAGCCAACACGCCAAAGGCCACGAGGAGCCAUUUGCGGGCAGACGUGUCGUUGGUGAAGGAGAAUGAGGCGUUGCGGAAUGAGUUGUUGAAGAUGAAGAUGGUCAUAACCGAGAUGCAGAAAGGGCGUUCGUGUAAUAGUAAUAGUAAUAGUAGUAUUAAAGGGAGCACAAGUGGAAAUAAGAAGCAAACGUUCUUCUCCACAGUGUCUAAGAAGCUGGGGAAGUUGAACCCUUUCAAGCAGAAUGGAUCAAAGGACACAUCAAACAUAGAAUAUGAUGAAGAUGAUUGUGGGGUGAAUGUUAAUAAGCCCAGGAGGAGGAGAUUUUCCCUUUCAUGAUCUAUCCAUAUCGAUCUCAAAUUAGGUUAAUAGGGAACUGGGAUGGUUUUAAUUACUUGUGCACAUUUAAUUUGGUGUUUAGUUAUUAGGUUUGUGGGGGCUGUGUGAUUCAACAACUUUAAUUAAUUGUGUAGUGAUUUGAAAUGAUUGAUUUGUUGGUGAGUGUAUGUUUGGAUUGGAUUUUGGGGGUCGAAUCACUAAUUCACUGCUUUAUUGGCUCUAUGGUUGUUCAAAACCAUAAACUCUGGGGUACCCG